CAAGCCAAGCAGACAAGUCGGCGCACAUUUACAACUCCAAACAUAGCGCCUCCUUUGUGGGCUCUGAUAACACAAAUAACAUCCGGCAUUUUGAUGUUUCUGACCUGUUUCUGAAUAGUUUGAGGCUCCGAGCCAUAUUCAGCCUCAUGAUGGAAUGAUAAGUAAGCCCUACUAAGGUUUCGAUUCAGCCUGGCCCUCAAGUUUGUUUUCGUCCCAUGCACGCCCAGCACUCGGCCAUUCUCAAAACGUCAUCCGAGGCGAACCAUCGACGGGUCGUGGGUAUACCCGGUCGAUGUCUCUUGAGGAUGCUUGGUGUUGUCGUGGUUGCCUCUAGGCGGUACCAGAUAAUUGGUCGAGGAAGGGUCACAGCAUUGAUUGUGGGUUUGCGGACCGUGGGACGCCAGACGUCACACGCAGCUCGAGGCUGGUAUAUAUUGAUCAACGGAUCUGCUCAACAGAGUCAUCUUCAACUUCGCAAGUCGCUCAAUCUACUACAUCAGGCACUGCAUCCCCAUUCUCCCUUACGACAAUAUCAAAAACAUCACUCUCACCAUCGACCACCACAGAAGAUUAAUAUGCGCUUUGCAAUCAUCAUUGCGUCAGUCAUCGCAGGACUUGCCACGGCACUGCCAGACCCAACACCUCAAGGGUACACCGGGCCCUGCUCCAAAGAUAAUUGCGGCGUCAAUGGCCUCCAGUGUCGAAGCUUGUGUGUCCCAUGGCCUUCCACAGAUCCUGACUUGAGGAAAGGCUGCACAUGUAGCUCUGGCUGAGCAGUAGAUUAAACGGUGAGUAGGCAUACCUUUUUCUUAGUUUGUACAGUGGCUGAUACCUUAAAAGCCAACGUGGGCAUCGAAUUUAGCGUCAAUCAGCAUCUAUAAUAGAGUCAAAUAACGGGUAUUAUAAAUUAUUGAACGCAAACAGCACAGGUCUGCUCAUGAACACCC